AUGGCACAAUCAAGUAAUGGCGCUGCUCCCCUAGAAUGGGUGACAGUCAAAACAACUCUACCGAAACCCUAUCCGGCCAUGUCAGAUCGGGAGCCUAUUCGAACUGAGCGCCUAAUUCUCAGGCCAUACGCCGCAACAGACCUCAAUGACUUCCACCUCCUCCGCAUACAGCCCGAAGUCAUGAAGUGGACAUCACAGGGCAAGCCCGAUGCAGACCUAGAACAAACCGAAAAGGUUCUAUCAAACAGGCUACCGGGCACUGAUGGCGAGUCAGCGUACGAAUUCGCCAUCUGCUGGGCAGAGACCGGCGAGAUGAUUGGCACAGGCGGCUCUCACAUGCGCGAGGGCGAACUCGGCUGGCCCGUCAUCGGCUACAUGAUUCGAUCCGAGUUCUGGGGCAAGGGAAUCGCAACGGAGCUCGUGACCGCCGUGCUCAAGGCUUACUGGGCGCUUCCCCGAGAAGAAGUCGAGCUCAAGGUGGAGAAGAGCACCGUCCAGGGCAGCGAGAACGAGCCACAGCCAGAGCGCAUUACCGCCGUCACACUGGAUAACAACGGGCCCAGUCAAAACGUACUGGGCAAACUUGGUUUUAAGCUGGUUAAGAAAUGGGAGGAAGAGGAGCCUAGUACUAAAGUGAUGGAGCUCCUGUAUGGAUAUGCCCUGCAAACGCCGAAUGCCUAA